UCCUUCCGCAGCUGUCUCUUCCAAGUUCCAAGUCCAACCCCCCUUCUCCCCCUCCCCGCUUCUUCUUAAAGCUUCGAGUCAGAAUCAAUCCCCUCCCCCAACGCAAGGCAGACUUCUUCUUCCCUCAUUCGUCCUCAUCCCAAUCGCCGGAUCCCGGAAUCAACGAGGACCAGGACCCCUCGCGAGCAAUCUGAGGCGGCGGCUCCAUCACGCAGAUGUUGAUGGAAGGAAGAAUGAACAUGUUGACAUAUCCCAUGUAGAUUCCCUGGAUGAACCUCUACUAGGGAAGUCUAGUUAUGACGGUGGCGGAUCGGAAGUAUAUGACCCCAGAAGGCAAGACUUGUGGGAUGAUGAUGAUAGGAAAAAGGAACAAUUACACUGGUCGUUUCUUUUCUCAAAUUUGAUUGCGCAGUGGGCACAGUGGUUAGCAAAUAUUAUUGUAAGCUCCGGGUCAAUUUUUGGUAGGUUGUUUCCCUUUUCUUCGGAUAACGAAACAAGCAAUCCAGUAUAUCUUAGUCCUUUGCAGGAAGAAAGAUUGGACAAUUUAAGACGCAGAUUGAAAAUCCCUUUUGAUGGUUCCCGUAUUGAGCACCAAGACGCCUUGAAACAACUGUGGAAGUUAGCUUACCCAAGUCGCGAGAUUCCUCCUCUAAAAUCAGAAUCGUGGAAGGAGAUGGGUUGGCAAGGCACUGAUCCAUCAACAGAUUUCAGGGGUGGUGGAUACAUAUCAUUGGAGAACCUCAUCUUUUUCGCUAGGAACUACCCAGCAUCCUUUCAAAUGCUUCUGAACAAAGUGCAAGGUCAAAGAGCAGAUUGGGAGUACCCUUUUGCAGUUGCUGGUAUCAACAUUUCAUUCAUGCUGAUCCAGAUGUUGGAUCUGCAAUCAACUGUUCCAUCUUCAAAGUCAGGAAUCCGUUUCCUGGAACUACUCGGACGAGAUGAAAAUGCGUUUGAUCACCUCUAUUGUGUAGCCUUUCGGAUGCUUGAUGCCCAGUGGCUCGUGAAACGUGCUUCAUAUAUGGAGUUCAAUGAGGUGAUGAAAUCCACGAGAACUCAGUUGGAGCGUGAACUGGUUUUAGAGGAUGUAUUGGCGGUCAAGGACCUACCGUCUUACACAAUGCUGGACAAAUAAUAGAGCUUCUGCAUUUGAUUUGCCGUGAGAUAUAACUGACUCUGCUAUGGGGGAAUGGGGGCUCAGAUUGAAGGGUUACUUAUGAUGUGUCAGUGUCUGGUGAUAAAUUGUGUAUGGCCCCUUGUGGCUAUAUAUUGUUGCAUGUAGUACAUUAUUGAACUUGAUCAUGGUUAGGAAGACAGUACAUCACACAGACAUCCAAAAAUUUGAGGCGUUGUACAUGUUUGUACCUAAUAAUAAAGGGACUAUUGCUUCUGGCGGUA